UGCUGACAUCGACAAAGAGGCAAAUAAAGAGAUUAAAAACGGUUUCCAACAGCAGGUAAACACAGUUUGAUUCAUCCAGGUGACUUUAAACAGGCAUGCAGAGCGCUGUGGGUUAUCAGGAAGGAGGCGGAGCAACUCGUUGGCAAGGCCUGUGUGUUCGUGGAGAGCACAGAUGUGACUCGUGACACGCGUCCUGCUUGGAGGCUGCUUCUCGUUUUUCUUUAAUAAAUCUUUAGAUUGGUUUGUGUCAUUAACGAUGAAUCGUCGGCUGAGACGAAACGUCUGUGAUCGUCUAUUUCCAUCUUUCAUCCUUUUGUUUCCAGAUGUUCAUCUGCUGUGAGACGCUGCGUUACAGAAGACGCAAAGAGUGUUUGUCAGUGUGGAGAUGGACAGAAACCUGCCUGCUCAUUCCUGACCUCACCUUCAGUUUCUCUGAUGAUGUGGUGUCAAUUUAAAGAUGACAGUUCAGUGAGCAGCGAGGAGGAGGCCGAGAUGAGCGAGCCCACGUGGCUAGCAGCCGAUCUGGGAGCAGCGUCAGACCUGAGCCCAUCGAGCCGCGGAGAGAGGAUGCGCCACAGUCCGCAGAACGCCCACAGCAAAGAGGAUGAUGAUGAUUCGUCCUCAGAGAGCGGCAGUGGAAACGGCCUGCCCGCCCUGACCCCUCCCUCCUCUGCUGUGACAGAUGGCACCGUAGUCAGGGAAACUGAGGUUGUGAAUGGAAAUGGUGGCCCCGCCCCUCUCGACUUUAGCAGGCCCACUUCCUCUUCCUCAUCCUCUGAGGACCAGCAGCCGAUCAACCUGAGUGACCCGCCUCCUCAGCGCCUGCCCCUGCCUGCCUCACACCUGCCCAUCACUGUCUCAGCAGCGGCCGCGGCACUACUCGGCGCGCUCCAUCCCAGCGCGCCCGAGGAGCUCCGCAGGAAGUACCCACUGGCUGCCAAACCUCCUCUGGCUCCACAUCCUGCCCUGCCGCUGCCCCUGCCACACACACACGCUCCUCACAAUGCACACACUCCCAACACGCAGUCACACGCACACGCGACCGAGCUGCGACUGGACCGCGAUGGCAGGGAAUAUGGCGGCAAGUCCCCACAGUACAGUUCGGGCGGCAGCUACGACAGCAUGAAAAUGGACUUGAGUGCCGAAGACUUGACCGUGGGGCGUCAUGGCAGCCAGGGAGCUCCCGAUGAUGAUGACGACGACCACGACGACCAUGACGACAACGACAAGAUGAAUGACACGGAGGGCGUCGACCCCGAGAGAUUAAAGGCCUUCAAUAUGUUUGUGCGUCUGUUUGUGGACGAGAACUUGGAUCGGAUGGUGCCCAUCUCCAAACAGCCCAAGGAGAAGAUCCAGGCCAUCAUCGAGUCCUGCAGCAGACAGUUCCCAGAGUUCCAGGAACGCGCCCGCAAGCGCAUCCGCACCUACCUCAAAUCCUGCCGUCGCAUGAAGAAGAACGGCAUGGAGACCCGCCCCACUCCACCUCACCUCACCUCGGCCAUGGCUGAGAACAUCCUGGCUGCUGCCUGCGAGAGCGAAUCACGCAACGCUGCCAAGAGGAUGCGCCUCGAAGCCUACCACGAUGAGCAGAUCGCUCUGGAUAAGCCGUCCGGGGUUGGAGGCGUUCUGAGGGAGCCGGCGUCCCUCGCUCACUCCGCCUACUCACUGGCCGCGUCAGCCUUCUCCUCCCAGGAGUCCCAGCUCUAUAUCAACGGCGCUGGCCUCAGCUACGGUUACCGUGGAUACCCAGGACUGAGCGCCACCAUGCAACACCCUGUUUCCCUGACAACCGGUGCUGCUGCUGCUGCCGCUGUCGUUGCUGGUCAGACCAACGGCCCCACUGACCUCAGCAUGAAGUCUCACUCCUCCACCAACGUCAGUAACUCCUCCUCUUCUGUUGCCGCCAACAGCCUCGGUGGGCGGGGCAGCGGUGGCGGAGGAGGGGGCGGGGCGUCGACCCAGCUCAGCCAGCCAGAGAUCACGGCCGUGCGUCAGCUAAUCGCCGGAUACCGGGAGUCAGCCGCCUUCCUGCUGCGCUCAGCAGACGAGCUGGAAAACCUCAUCCUGCAGCAGAACUGAUCUCACACACACACACACUCUGUCACUCUUACACACACACACACACACACACACAUACACUACCCCAUCACGUUUCCUGCGCCCUCGCCGGCCUCGCUUGGUUUUGAAACUGUGGCGACCGUUUGGAGGAAAACGGGAACCUGAGGCCGCAGCGAGGGCGAAGAAUCCACCGAAUCCUGCCUGAGAACAGAAACCGGAACGUCGCAGGAAGCUCGGCUCCUCUGCGGAGGCGCCUCACAAUCACAGAGGAGGAGGAGCAAAGACUGGGAGUUCGGGUCGAUCUUCUUCUGGUUAUAAAAACGACGUUGCGCUGAGGCUCUGUUUUCGGACGCUGUCCGUUUCUUUGUUGGGACGUUUUCUCUUUUGCGAUUUUUCCGUUGGACUUUUUUAAAGUGAAAGAAGAAAAAGAACAGAUGGACUGUUCGUGCUCGCCUGUAUAUAAGCUCUCUGUGUCCUUCAGCACUUUCUCCUCACCUCUGACCUCACCCCGUCCUCGCCCUUGGCCCAGGGAGCCGCGUGCUCACUUAUGCAUCCGAGACGCCAUUUUGACCACCAGGAAAUACCUCAGAUCAGACCUGCCAAUCAAACGCUCAGCCCCUGCAGGUGAAGCCGGGUUUCUCCGCCUCCUGAUGUCAUCAGCGUUUCUUUCUUUUCUGAGGAGAGUCGUGCGCGUGCGCGCAGGUUUACCUCCAGCUUCUACGAAACCUCAGCAUCAUUCUGUUUAAACGCCGCCGUCCCUCCUCCUCCUCUUCUUCUUCUCUCUGUUUGGACCUACUCUCCGGCUGUUCUUCAUGGACCUAAACCUCCUCCUCUUCCUCAAGCUUCAGAGGAUGAGGAGGACUGCUCCGUCUUACUGUGUGUGUCUGUUAAACUCUGAGAUGGCCAUUACUAUUAUUGUUGUUAUUACUAUGAUUAUAAUGAUGAACUUUCAUGUUGCUGCUGCUAUUUUAAAAACCGGACCUUCUGCCAUAGACCUGAAACCUCAACACAGCCGGGCGGUAGCUCGCCGCAGUGCCCCGUGAAAACGCGACCGACCAACCGGCUCAGAGAGCGGCGGUCCGAUCCGGCGCUCCUCUCUGUCCCGCCGGCUGCUUGGUCGGCUGCUUUCUUUGUUUUGCUUCAUAGGGCUCGAUUCCUGUCGUGUUUCGUGACUUUCUAACUGUGAAUCUUCUUCUUUUCGGACCCUCCCCUCAGUGUCGUCCUGUUACAGGGCGCCGGGGGGGCUGUACAAACUUCUAGUCCCGUGUAGAUUAAUACUAUCUGUUUGUUUACUGGUGGGUAACUUGUGAUUAAUCUGAGAGGAAAGAGAGGCAGCAGAUAAGUGGAGCAGGAGCUCCUCCUUCGGGUUCUCAGCUGAUGUUCUAGUUCCUGCUUACACUCUGCUGCUGGAACAGUUUGAUGUUUGUGGAAAUAUGAUUUGCUUUCAAGUUAGAUGAAAAUCUGACCUCAUUGUCAUACCUGUCUGUAAAUUUCAGCUGCACCUUCAAACCCUGGAGCUCUAGAAGCUGCAGUUCCUCUGAUGUCCUCUGGGGGCUCCAGCGGUGGGUCGGCCUCAUAGACUCCUAUGUUAAAACUUUGGAGCAGAAGUAAACAUGUUUACAGCUCAGCGGCAGCUUCUGGACCAUAAAGGAAACAAGACAGUAGCCCUAAGCUAGCUUAGCUUUAAACACUAGUAGCUGGGGGAAGUGGCUAGCUCACUCAUUAGCAUGUUAUGUCCUGUAAAAAGAAGCCAUACUAAAAAAAAUAGAGAGAAAACAUAACAUGUUAGCUGGUGCUCUGUACAGGUGAAUGUAAGCAGAUUUUCUGACCUUUAAACGGAGCCAGGCUAGCUGUUUACCCCUGCCUGCAGGCUUUGAGCUAAGCUAGGCUAGGCUAGCUGUCAGAGCAUAUUUCCCCAAACCCCAAACUCUUCCUUUAAUUCUCGUUCACCGCUGCGUACUUUUGUCUUUUGAUAGCGUUAUUUAAAGAAAAGUAUUUUUCAUUAUGUGAAAUUUAGCUUCAAAGUGCAUUUUGAACCUCAGCUCGUUAGGCCCUCGGGCUCGUUAGGGCCUUGAGGGCUCGUUCAGCUCCUGGUUUCCUGGAUGAAGCUCUGAUUCUAGCUCUGAUUCUACUGCGGUUUCUAGUCAGCUCGAUGGUCAUUUCACUGUAAUUUGCUCCCGUUUUGCACAGCGAGGAAAGCAACAGUCGUCUGUGAUGUGAAGGGGCGGGGCCCUUUGUGUGAGUGUAUGCAUGUUUCCUCAAAGGGACCGCCCCCAACCCCCCAUGCCUCGCUCUGCUGUGAAGCAAAGGGGAGGCAUGGCAUGGCAGUUUUCUGUCAUGCAGCUGAUAAUCACCACGUUCACCAGAAGGUUUGUGAUGGCAGCUCAGACUUCACAGCCUCCACCCAAACAUCCACCCGUUCACGCUCAUGUGCAGCGACAGAAGCGCCCGAGCUUUGGGGAAAGCUUCAGAUGGAAGUGACUGAAUUUGAUGAGGUUUUUUGUUUUUGGAAAGCUGUGAUUAAAGAUCAGCGAGAGAAAAACUGGAGAAAAAUAUGCAAAAAAAAAAAAGACCCAACUAGACGAGAAGAAGAAGAAGAGCAGGAGGGCACGACCUUUGACCUACAUUUCACCUCAAAGCAUUUAAAAAGGACGAUUAACACCGAGGUUCAAUCAAACUUUAUUCGUCCUCGUAAGCAGAGUUUGGGCACCGGCGUCCCGUCCUGCUCUUCCUCCGUCUGAUCCUCACUGUGCUCUCAGAUGCUGCCUCUGCUUCGGGUUUCAGAGUCAGAGCGACCCGCCACCUCUGGGUCACCUGCACCGGUCCAGGUGUGCUGUGAUGGGCCGGACCGCUCUCUGCUGUGGCGGCAGCGUCAGUAGACGCGGGACCCAGAGGUGUGACGAUCCCUCGGACUGCGGUGGGGUUUCACAUGCGCUCCUGCCGCUCCGAAAGCCUCGAAGCUCCCAAAUGUUUGUGAGAAUUAAACGAGAUCCUCCCGUCAGACAAACAGCUGUUUGUUUACUUUGAAUGGCAGCGUGCGAUUGGUUGAAUCGGCUGAGAGGCUUCCUGCUCUCGGGGAGGAUGUCCUGAAGUCUCCAAAGGUGUCGUUCGAAGGAGUCUUUCUCUGUGAUCGCCUUCAGAAUCGCCUUUAUGGACUCUGAGGGCUCCACAAAGUUCAGAUGAAACGCAGGAACAGUUCGAUGCACUUCUGCUUUAUGUUCCGGACCUUUAACUUCCUGCUCACGCCAGGGUCGGAUGCUCAAAGCAGUUCUGUUCAUCCUCGAUACCUUCAGCUCCCUUGAAACAGCCUCUGGCGACCUCGUUAUUAUUCGUCUUUUUUGUUGGAUUUCUUAAGGAAUAAGUUCACAAAACCUUUGAGAUGGUCUGAUGAAGUCAUCGCAUCACUUCCUGUUUCUCAGAGAGGAUGUUUCUGAAUCACACACAACAAAAAGCAAAUGACAAUCUGCAGAAAGGUGGAAUUUGCUCUCUGUUUGGUUUCCAUUCCUGCUGUCGGCACAGCCGGACAGAUGGGGAGAAUGAUCCGGGUGUUUUAGCCAUACGCCGCCGCCGCCUCUUUCUCCGCUCGUUGUUAACGUCUCCACGGUCGAGUACAUGGCAGACGCAUUUCUAUCCAGUUUCUAUUUUUUAGUAUGACGUGAUUCUUCUUCUGAUUUCUAUAUUUUGUAGUGUGAUUAAAGUGGUCUUUUUAUAUUCCAGCAGUUUCUACCACACAUUCCAAACGUGCACGUCAGCAGACGGGACCCGGCCGGCGCCGCCGCAGACGCUGAGCUCAUCUUAGCUGUCCUCCACAGCUGCUCUGUUUUUAAAGGUCGUGUUGAGACAGAGGCAGUCAGUCUGUCACAAAGGUCACGGUGUCUCGACCUCUCGGGCCUCGGAGACUCUCGAGGUGGAGUCGUUUUUUUCCGACUCAUCUUUGAGCAGAAGAUCUUCACAUUUAGAGGCUUCUGUCUUCAUGUCCACCUGUUUUACAGUCGGUCCUCCUAAAAAGAAAAAACAGGACAAAUUUAAAGGGGCGUGACCUCACGAUGGGAGCGUGCUCCCGGUCGUUCCUCACCCUCAGAAUGAGGGUGAGCAGUCGGUGUAGAAGCAGGAACCUUGGACUCCAGCUGGUUCCUCAGUUUUUUUCCUUUUUGGCUCAAAGACUCGAAUUUGAUGAAGCGUGGAAACAUUCAUCAAAUCUGGCUGUCAUGGCGGCAGGUUAGAUAACUGGAAAUACUUCCUGCCAGAAUGCUGUCGUGGACAUGAACAUUAAGGUGCAGGACAUAUUGUUUGUGCAAAAGUCUUGAAUCACAUGUCGCUGUGGAGGAUGGCGUCAGAUGGGGGCGUCUGUAGUCGCGAUGCCAGUCGGGUCCCAUCGAAUCAGAAUCUAAGCUCAAAACACGUCUUUAAGAAAAAAAGAAAGAAGGCAGACGCAGUUAUGGAGCGUUUUUAUUUUUCUAUCCGUACGGCUUCUGUCAGAACAUAAAGACGGCGUCCGGGCCGCUUGGUUUCCUCAUUUUCAGUUUGUGCAUUUUUCUUUCCUUCCCGUCUUCGGCUGACUUCUUUGUGCCGGACUCGUGACUGUCUCGACGUCCUCUGCCGGGCCUUCGUACCUUCAGUAAUACCAAUGUGAAACCUGUAACUCUCCUCAUGGUUCGACUCAGUGGAAGUGUGAUGUUUACAUGUACAGAUUUUUGCUAUUUUUCUUUUCUGGUUCUUUCUGUUUUCAUCUUCAUGCCUCUCUUUUCCACUCCUGAGUUCCUCUGACUCCUUCCUCACACAGGGAAAUGGGACUGAGACUAAAUAUGAUUAUCCACAUUUCACACUCUGCCCUUUCCCACUGUGGAGGCCUGAGAGUGCCAAAAGAACUAAUGGCCUUAGUACUGCACCUUUAAAUGCAUCCAAAUAAGAAAUUAAUCUGAACUGUAAUUCUCCUCUUUAUUUCCUGUUUCAUGUUCUAACUAAGGGAAUAAAGUGCAAAAUGAAUGCAUGAAUAAAUAAAUGUAAUUGGCGCGCAGGUACCCGUGCAGCAGCCAUCUUUGGACCUGACCUAAGGCUCGUUUACAGCUCAGGUAAAUGUUUUGCAGACCGUUAGUUUGAAUUUAAAGUCUGUUUUUAGUUCAUCAGUGUUAGUUUUAGUUUUAGAGCUGCGAGUUUUAUGGGAUUAUAACAAAUGAGGACAUAAUUUAUAUAUUUUUAUUUUCAUUAUUUUCAAUAGUGCGCAGUUUGGUCUAGUUUUUAGAAGACGGCGAUUUCCUGCUGGAGAGGUGGUGAGCCUGGGCCAGAUGUGGUCCAGAUGUUGCCACAGUCACUGAAGCCGGGUCAAAGCCAGGCGGGGUAGAUCUGUACUAAGGUGAAUAGUGAUGUUGAUGCAUUUAACUUUGUGUUAAAGUGUUUGAGCUGUUCAGUCAUUUUGGCAGUUUCAGUCCUCCGUAGGGUUCGGGGGAUCGGGUACUUCCUGUUAGCAUCGUUAGCGCUGAGUUAAAUCUGCCGCGCUAACGUGCUCAGUGAAGAAAGUCGAGGCGUUCCCGGGCGGCCUUCUGGGUGUGGGAGGGGGGAGUUGUGCCAUUGUUGGAGGGGUGGGUUGCGGUUGACCCCCGACCUCUCGGCUGACUCCACAGCACACAGGAUCCCAGCGGGGCCACGGCGACCCUCCGCGAUCCGUGGGAGACGAUUCCUCAGUGAAUGAAAAGCCAUUUCGGGCCCCGGGCGUCGGGUCUUUAGUCUGUUAGUGUAUUUAGCGAAACUUAAACUGCGGACGGCGAAACUCAACCUCAGGAACAGAAAAAAGGACAUGACUUUUAUAAAAGCAGCUGAAGGCCCAUUUCCCUCUCUUUGAUACCAUAUAAAUUAUAUCAAAUCAAUUCUUUUUAUAUUUAUUGUGUUUAUUAUUCUUCUAUAUAACAGUGGAUACCUUUUGCAGUACCUGUGGCUGAAUAUUUUGAUUCUUUAGAAAAGUGUUGAUAAUAUAUGUGAAGCAACUUAAAGGACGGAGGAAAAAAAGAAGAAAUCUGGGUUGUUCUUAUUCUUUCUGUUUGUUGAUGACUACAUAUCACUCUGGUCCAUGACGAAGACACCAAUGAUUAUACAGACUGAGCUUUCUUUGUGUGAUGUCACUGCUAAGGCUGAAAUGUUUCUGGACUUUGUGACCGUUCAGUUUGUUUUUGGUUUGUUUCCUCCUGAGCUGUACAUCACAAAGCUAAAUAUACUAAUAAAAACGGUGUGCUAUCUAUCAGA